GGUGGCAGCAGUUACAGCUGGUCUCAUAUGUCAGUGUGCAGCGGAGUGUCGAGGCAGCUGCUCUCUGCAGGUUUGAUGCCCCAUUCAAAGGCUGGUUGCUUGCGCUGAAAAUGACCCUGCCUCUUCGCCGUGUAGGAAUGGCCUCCACUGGGAACCUUUCCGAAGAGCAGGUGCACUGCUCCAUCUGCCUGGACGUCUUCACCAACCCCGUAUCCAUCCCCUGUGGACACAACUUUUGCCAGAGCUGCAUCCUGGGAUACUGGAAAACCAGCCCUUUGUAUCAGUGUCCCAUGUGCAAGAAGUCCUUCUACAAAAGGCCCGACAUCAGCGUUAACACUGUGUUGAGGGAGAUCGCCGAGCAGUUCAAGGAGAUCAGGGAGGAAGGAGCGGGGAAGGACAAGAAGUGGACAAUGGAAAGAAGGAAGAAGGAGGAUGAGGAGAGGCUUUUGGAGAAAGAUCAGAAGCAGCAGCUUGUGGAGGAGUUGAAGCUGAAGCAGGAGGAGGAGAGGCGGAAGAAAGAGGCACUAAAGGAGAAACAAGCAGAGAAGAAACCACUUCCAGAGGAGCUACCACCACUGAUACCUCCAGCGUUGGCGCCUAAAGCCUCUCCUCCACCUUCACCUCAGGACACACCUCAGUUUCCACCCCCACCACCUCUUCCAGAAACAUCACCCCCACCUUCACCUCAGAUCCCUGCUUCUCCAGUUCUCCCCACUCUGCCUCCACCUGACUCCUCCUCACUCCCAUCUCCUCCCUGGGAUGAGGUCCUGUGUGACGUUUGUUUGGGGGACGGAAGGCCGAAAGCGGUCAAAUCCUGCCUCGUGUGUUUGACCUCCUACUGCGAGGAGCAUCUGAAAUCUCACACCGCCAGAUUCACCAAGCACAAGCUGAUGGAGCCUGUCGCCAACAUGGAGGACAGGAUGUGUCCGAAGCACGAGAGGCUUCUGGAGCUGUUCUGUAAGAAGGACCAGACUUGUGUGUGCGUCCUCUGCACCGAGACCGACCACCGGGCGCAUUACACCGUCCCUGUGGAGAGGGAAUGGACUGACAAGAAGGCGCAGCUGAAAAGGACAGGAAUAGACGUCCAGCAGAUGAUCCAGGACAGAGUGAAAAAGGUGGAGGAGAUCAAACACUCUGUGGAGCUCAACAAAGCCAGUGCUCAGAAGGAGGUUGAAGAGAGCAUGCAGGUGUUCUCGGAGCUGGUGCGCUCCAUCCAGAGGACUCAGGCCGAGCUGGUUCUGGUCAUCGAGGAGAAGCAGAGGCAGACGGAGAGGUGGGCUGAAGGCCUCAUUGCCGAGCUGGAGCAGGAGAUCGCUGAGCUGAAGAGAAGGAACACAGACCUGGAAAACGUGGCUCGGACCGACCACAUUCACUUCUUAAAGAGCUUCCCAGCACUCAGCAUUCCACCAUCUGUUAAAGACUGGUCUGAGACCAGUGUUCCCACUGAUACCUGUGUAGGCAUGAUCAGGAGAUCAGUGUCCAAAUUGGAGGCAACGCUAAAUGAAAUGAUUGACAGAUUGUCUGAAAGUGAGAUCAAGAAAAUUCUGAAAUAUACAGCUGAUGUCACCCUGGACCCAGAAACUGCUAACCCCUGGCUGCAGCUCUCUCAGGACAGACAUCAGGUGAGACACCUGGGCGCCUGGCAGGACCUGCCAGACCACCCCGACCGAUUCGACACAGUGGUCAUUGUCCUGGGCCGUGAGGGCUUCACGUCAGGCAGACACUACUGGGAGGUCCAGGUGGGGGACAAGGAUGACUGGUACCUCGGUGUGGCCAGGUCUUCUGUCAACAGAAAGGGCAGGAUCUCUGUUAGCACCACCCAAGGCUACUGGGCUCUGGCCAUGAAGAAAGGCCAGGGCUACAGGGUGUCAACAUCCCCACCAUUACUGCUGGCUCUAGACCCCAAGCUCAAAAGAGUGGGCGUGUACGUGGACUAUGAGGAGGGCCAGGUGUCGUUUUAUGAUGUGAGAGCUCGGACCCAUAUUUACACGUUCGAAGACACGUUUACGGAGAAGAUUUUGCCCUUUUUCUACCUGUACUGCUGCGACAAAGCCUCUGAUACCAUUGUGAUCUGUCCUGUGACUGAGAAAAGCCUGAUCAAGCAAAGCUAAGGACAUAAAAACAACAAAGAAACGCUCUUCAUUAUGAAGUGAAUUAACAGACUGUAAUUUGCUGUAGUCAUACUAGAUUUUUACGAAAAUCACAGUUUUACAUAUAUGCAUUGAACAUAGUUCCAUAAAUGAGUUAUUGCACAUGUAUGAGAUGUACACUAAUAGGUAGAAGACAAAACCCAGUUUGGCAUUUUGGUAAAUCAGACUGUUUACACGCUUGCCCCGAAAUAAAUGAGAAGACUGAUACCACUCUCAAGUCUAUCCAUUAAACAUGAGACCAGCAGGUUCUUAGCUUAGCAGAAGACAGGGUACGAGAGGAGACAGUUUGCCUGAUUCCAACUUAAGGUCAAAAAUAUCAUACCAGAAUUUCUAAAUGUCAGGAAUUGAAGGACUCGUCUGACCCUUUGGGAAUUAGAUAAGUUGCAUUCUUGUUGAGAAUUUGGUUAAAAGAUAAAUUUGAAUCUCAUAUCACUGUGCUAAAUGUGAAGCUUAAGUGAGAGACAAGUCAGACUGUCAGAUGUCCCUCUCCUCUGCAAUGUUUCCCAGUUCUUCCUGGGGAAUCCCGAGGCGUUCCCAGGCCAGAUGAGAUAUAUAAUCCCUCCAGUGAGUUAUGGGUCAACCCCGGGGUCUCUUUCCAGUUCGACACGCCUGGAAAACCCUCAAAUGAAAGGCUUCCAGACAGCAUCCUAAUCAGAUGUCCGAACUAAAUCAGCUGGCUCCUAUGAUACGAGGGAGUAGCGACUCUAUUUUGAGCUCCCUUCGGAUGUCCGAGCCGCUCACCCUAUCUCUAAAGCCGUGUCCAGUCAUCUUAAGGGGGAAUGUCAUUUUGGCUGCUUGUAUUCACAACCUUAUUCCAUCAUUCUCUACCCAGAGCUCCUGAGCAUAGCUGAGAGUUAGAGUGCAAACCGACUAAUAAAUUGAGAGCCCUACCUUAAGUUUGGUACAAGGCCGAUAUUACUUUUGACACUUUCCUUGCCUGUCUCAUUCCAGCUCCAUUUGCCAUCACUUGUAAUAGAUCCUGAGAUACUUAAGCUUCUUCACUUGGGGUAGAAACUCACCUCGAAAAUCCACUGGUUUCCUGCACAGAACUAUGAUCUCUAAAUCUAUCCAGCUGCUUUUCAUGCAGCUGAGUAUGCUCUCAAGGUCACUAAAUAAUAUGUCAGAUCCCAUUUGUUGCUUACCAUCAAAGUUGGAUUAAACAGUGCUAAUGUCUAAAGGCUAGCUGUUUCUAACAGCUUCCAUGCUGUGUGCUAAGCUAAGCUAAGAGGCUGCAGAACUUAGCUUUGAUUUCGCUGCACAGAUACAAGAGCUGAUACAGAUCUUCUCAUGUAACUUUUGGCAAGAAUGCAAGCAAAUUUAUGUCCUUGAAUGAGAUUUUCCUUGAAAUGCAUGAGUCAAAUCAACAUAAAGUUUAGUUUCUACUCUGAUUUUUGUAACUGCAUGUUGAUAUUUAGUGUGACUGAUUCUGCAGGAGUUGUAUGUUGCAUAAGAAGUGUUUACAGCAAUAAAUGUUCUCUCAAAUAUGCACAAA